AUGGGGAACUCUUCGCCUCCAUUCCUUUACGGACCUCCUGAUGCCUUUAGCUUCAAAGGACCUACGGAUCGCCCCUUCAACCCGAAGGCUGUGACGCAGGCGAGCUGGACUCGUCCUCGGCCAAAGAAGAAGCAGAAGGGGCCGUUGGUUAGCCUGAAUCGGCAUCCAGACUCGUAUUCUAACCUUCCCGAUGGCAGAUCGCGUUGGACUCCGAUGAGUCCGAGGACGAAGCCCAAGGUCUUUUAUGGGCGCAGAAUACAAUUGGGCUUGCGAGUCUUAGCUUUAAUCGGAGCCCUCGGAUCACUGUUUUGCGCUAUUGUCAUCAAGAACGUCGCGACUUCAAUUAUAUGGAUUAUCCGAGUUGGGGUGGGUUAUUCAAAAGCACCUUUGUCAAUUUUUCCUCGUCACUCUACUAACACGACCAAGCCUGCAAUAGCGAUCCUUCACACUCUCUAUUCCAUCUAUCACUUAUGCCGUUCCCCGGUCACUAGACCUCCUGGUUCACAAGCGAGCUAUAUGCUUUUCGCCGCGACGUUGGACCUAGGACUGGUGCCUUUCUAUGUUUUCGCUGCCUACUUGGGAUAUAAAGAAUAUACCGGUAGUACCUACAAUUGGCAGACUCUCUUGAGCACAGAGACCGAUGUUAUCAUGAUCAUUGCGAAGGCGACUUUCUAUUUGAGCGUGGUCAAUGGAGGGCUCCAUUUGAUCUCUCUUGGAAUCUCUGUCUUCUUAUUCAGCAUCUUCCGCCAGAUCGCCCGGCUGCCCCCGGAUCUGAACCCACUGGAGGAUAAUCUGACGUCUCGUUCUCACAAGAGAACCAAGUCCGAGAUUGCAGAGAAGCAUGCCAGCAUCUCUACGCUAGACUCAACAAACUCGGUUGCGCAGCCUUUGAUUGGCGUUCCUCGCACUAUUCCAUUCACGCACACGAGGACUAAGUCUUCGGAGAAUAACUCGCUACGGCCGCCUGUGGACAUGGCCAAGCAAAGAGGAAACUCGCAGACUUCUGUUCCAGAAAUGCCAUUCCGGUACCGCGCGAAUACCCUGGAAGAACCGUACGAAAUACCGGUGCAUGACACAGACUUCGAGCCUCGCCCGACCUCGAUCAUCCCGUCUGGUACUCCAAUGCGCCAAGCCUCCCCGGAAGUGCCAACCCGUUCUCAAUGCGUCAGUCCUGCUUCUGAGAACUCCGGCUCGGACAACUGGGUUGUUUUCGGAUCACGCUCCGUUUCCGCGGCUGAAGAUAAUAAUACCGGCGGUGUCGCACCACGUGAGCCAUCGUCUGUCUACAGUAGAGCUGAAACCCCUGGAUCCCUGAACGGUGUCAUCGACUGGAUGGGCCUCGCACAGAAGUACGGAUGGGACAUUAGCGAGACAAUAUCAGAAGACCUUCGUGGUGAAUAUGAAUCUCUGGCUAUGCAUGAGUACUAUGGAAUUGAUGAUGAUAACCACAAUGUGCGCAAGAACGGAUUAUACGACCACGAUGAAAAUGAUGAACAUGACAUUGCGAACCAUCGCAUUGACAUCUACCAGGAUCACAGAGACAGUGACGAAGAAUUUGGAGAUACCCUCAGGGUCAACCCUCUCGGACUGAACCCACCAACACCCCAGCCCAUUCCGGAUUCCAGCGAGAGCCAAAAGACACCUAGCCGUAUGGUCCUCGGUGAUAUCCCCAAUCUAGCCCCGACUCCGCCAAAGCACAAGGUACCACCUCUUGAGCGCCCCGAGAAAGAACGCUUUUACAACGGAGCAGACAUCAACACCACCAUUGAUAUCGAUGACGAUCCAAAGGCCCUCAACAAGAGAACCAAACUUGUCAAGCGCAAAUCUGAUAAGCUCAGCUCUUACGGUCCUCUCCAGCAGCACGGCGAAGAUAUGCCUAGCGAUCUCAUCGUGCCCGAGAAGGAUCGUAAGGGCCGUGUUGUGAGUAACUCAGGAGCUGACUUUGGUCGCGGCCUCGGUCAGGGGUCAAAUCUGUCGUAUGGAAACUACAUUGCCGGUCUGGGUGUUGGAAGGAGACGAGACGUUAGUGGCAAAAUGGCUGAGGAGGGCCGAGGCGGUAUCGAUAGCCCUAACUCCAAGGGCGGCAGCGGGAACGGGAACGGGAACGCCAACACAAGCGCAAACUCCACGCCUCGAGCUGCUGGGUGGGCGAGAUUUGCUGGACUGUGA